GUGUGUGGUUGUUUUCCUGUGUCUCCCCUCUCAUUCUCUGCAGGUCUCACACCAUUGGCUGUUCCUCCACCAUCGUCCAACCCCCUGUCCAAUCUGGGAGCUGUCUGUUGGCCAAUUAGUGUCGUCAGGCCUUGAUAACUUGCACCUGUUUUGUCUCCAUGGAAGGAGGCCAUUGUCUGCCUGUGUGUGGGCUGUGUGGAGCUGUUGCUUUUUGUUUGUGAGAUGCCACCGGGGUUUAGGUGAAUAGACGUAGCAAGCUAACAUCCUGGAGCCGUAACAUAUUUGGGGGCUCGUCCGGGAUCCUCAUUGUAGGACUCCACGUCGGGCUGGCUUAGAGGUGUUCGAUGCAGGUGUGCACAUAGUGUAGCUGGUUUGUGUGUAUAAGAUAGGCAGUAGUUGUUUUUGUAGGGCUCGUUAUGGAGGCUUUUGAUUUGGGUGUCUUUUUGGCUGAUCCGUCUAUGGAUCGAAUUGACAGAUGCCGGAAGGCUGAUUUAUAUGCCAUAGCGGCUCAUUUUGAGUUUCCAGUUCAGGGGACCCUGCUCAAAGCGAGACUUAAGGAGUGUGUCGUGGAUAUGCUGGUGGGCAAGGAGGUGCUUGGUGUGAAUGCGGCUUCUCCUUGUAGUGAUGAUAGGGAGGACAUGCAGGCUGGGGCAGAGGCUAAGCCACCCGCUACCUUACCACGCUUUAAUCCGUUGUCACCUACUUUAUUAAUGUCGUCUCAGGACGCCCGUCUGAAAGUAAGGUUGGCCCGCUUGCAAAUGGAGGCUGAGCGUGGAGAGAGGCAAGCUGAGCGUGAGCACCAUCUGGAGAUCCGACGGAUUGAGGCAGAGAAGGAGGUGAAACUACGGAGGUUGGAAUUGGAGGCUGCAAGUGCAGCACGUUCACCCCAAACCACCCUCUCUUCUCCACUAGCUAGCUCAUUUUGCACAUUGGAUGUGACUAAACAAAUGGCGUUGGUUCCGCAGUUCCGGGAAUCGGAAAUCGAUUCUUAUUUUGGUGUGUUUGAACGCAUCGCAGUUUCUAUGCAGUGGCCUAAAGAGGUGUGGCCCCUCUUGCUUCAGUGUAAACUAACUGGUAAAGCUCAGGAGGUGUUGGCGUCCAUUUCGUUGGCGGACAGUCUAGAUUACGAAAUUGUUAAAACCACUGUUCUUCGUGCGUAUGAGUUAGUACCUGAGGCAUAUAGACAAAAAUUUAGGAGUUGCAAAAAGUCUCCUGAUCGUACUUUCAUGGAGUUUGCUCGAGAGAAGGCCACCUUGUUUGAUCGGUGGUGCACCGCCACUAAAACUACAGAUUUUUCCUCUCUUCGAGAAUUAGUCCUGCUGGAGGAAUUCAAGAAUAGUGUAUCAGAACGUAUAGUAACAUACUUGAAUGAGCAAAAAGUGGUGUCAAUGUCCCAGGCAGCUGUAUUAGCGGACGAGUUUGUACUCACCCACAAGCCCGCUCAUUCGUUCUCUACCUCUCCAACCACUCAGUUUCGCAGGUCAGUUUCGCUACCUUUACGUUCUAGGGAGGAACGGGAGUGUUAUUAUUGUCAUGAAUUUGGCCAUUUAAUUGCUGACUGUCAGCUUCGUAUGAGAAAUCAUCCACCGCCCGUUCAACAACAAAAGGGGGUUGGGUUGAUAAGUACAGUUUCUCGCUCUGUGGCAGUUAUGCCGAAUGUGUGCAUUUCUGACCUUCCUGACCCCAGCUACAAACCAUUCAUUUUGAGUGGUCUUGUGUCACUGACCGGUGAUCCAAAGGAACAGCAAAAGGUUCAGAUUCUCCGUGACACUGGGGCGGCCCAGUCGUUUAUCCUCUCUGAUGCAGUGCCAUUGUCAGGUGAUUCAUUCUGUGGUUCCAGUGUUUUGGUUCAGGGCAUAGAGAUGGGAUUUGUGCCAGUCCCCUUGCACCUGAUACAUUUAAAAUGUGAUUUAGUCAGUGGAAUUUUCAAAGUCGGGGUAUGUCAUAACCUGCCGGUAAAAGGCGUUCAGUUUAUCAUGGGCAAUGAUAUUGCUGGAGGCAGAGUGCUGCCUAUGUUGGAGGUAUUGGACUGUCCCGAAGCUAACGCUGAGGAUGAGUUAGCCGAGAGAUUCCCUGGGAUUUUUCCGGUGGGGGCUGUUACACGGGCGCAGUCCCGACCAUUGAGUAAUGUGGUUGACCUGUCUGACUCCUUUCUUGUCCCAGUGGGGGACGUAAAUGAGGUUACUGGUUCUACCUCUGUGCCCCCUCCACAGCCUGAUAAGAACAGUGCCGUUGAGAGUGCUGGCCUUAGUCUCGACCCAUUGCCUCUACCGAUAACUCGUGAUAAGCUGGUUGCUAUGCAAAAGAUAGAUUCUACACUGGAGCAGUGUUAUGGGAAGGCUGUUACUCCGGGUGGGGAUAUCGACGGUAAGGUGGGUUACUUCCUAGAUAAUGCUCUUCUCAUGCGUAAGUGGACUUCAUCUCUUGAUUCAGAACGUGACUGGAGUGUGAUCUAUCAGAUUGUAGUGCCUGUUGCAUAUCGACAGGAUAUUCUAUCACUUGCUCAUAGUCACGUAUGGUCUGGUCAUUUAGGUAUCACGAAAACCUAUGACAGGAUUCUAAGGCACUUCUUUUGGCCUGGACUGAAACGUGAUGUAGCUGCAUUCUGUCGUACUUGUCAUACCUGUCAGGUCACAGGAAAACCAAACCAGGUUAUUCCACCCGCUCCUCUCUGUCCGAUACCCGCGUUAGGUGAACCUUUUGAGCACGUGUUAGUUGAUUGUGUUGGCCCAUUGCCUAAGUCUAAGACUGGUAACCAGUUUUUAUUGACGAUUAUGUGUGUUGCUACACGGUAUCCUGAGGCUAUUCCCCUUCGGAAAAUCACUGCUCAGGCAGUGGUCAAGGCUUUGGUUAAGUUUUUCUCGACGUUUGGGCUCCCGAAAGUGGUGCAAACUGAUCAAGGAAGUAAUUUCCUUUCUAACCUUUUUGAGCAGGUGCUGACAUCUUUGUCUAUUACACACAGAGUUUCCAGUGCCUACCACCCUGAGUCUCAGGGUGCUCUCGAACGUUGGCACCAAACGCUUAAAUCCAUACUGCGAAAGUACUGUCUCGAGACCGGGAGAGACUGGGAUGAGGGUGUUCCUUUUGCCUUGUUUGCGGUUCGUGAGAUCGUUCAGGAGUCCUUAGGGUUUAGUCCGGCUGACCUUGUUUUUGGACAUACGGUACGCGGCCCUCUCAGAGUUCUGAAAGACCAGCUUAUCUCGGGUAGUGCUUCUUCUCAAAAUGUGUUAACUUAUGUGAGCCGGUUCCGUGAACGGUUGCACAGUGCCUGUGCCCUCGCUAGGGAAGCUCUGUCCGCCUCACAGAAGCGGAUGAAGCGUCACUUUGAUGAGAAGGCUGUCCCACGUUCACUGCAGACGGGUGACCAGGUUCUAGUUCUGCUUCCCAUUCCCGGAUCCUCCCUCUCUGCCCGUUUCUCCGGUCCUUAUUGUGUGGGACGGAAGUUGAGUGACACAGAUUAUGUGAUACAGACCCCAGAUCGGAGGCGCAAGACAAGAGUUUGCCAUGUUAACAUGCUUAAGUUGUAUCAUGCAAAAGUUACUCCUCCUGAGGACUCCGUAGAAGGGUCUACGGGUCCCACAGUCAAGUCUGCCGUUCCAGCUGUAUUGGUUCCAGGCUCCUACCAGGUUCCUGAGGGUGACGAGGAUGGAUUGGAGUUGCGGAGUGCUCCUCAACAGACCCCUCGGUUGUUGAACUCUCGGAUGCUGUCAUCUCUGGACUCGCAUCUGGCCUAUCUGGAUGAGGAACGUAGGGCUGACAUGGUAGCCCUAAUACGUGGGUUCCCUUGUCUGUUCGGUGAUGUUCCUUCCCUGACCAACGUUUUGAAGCAUGAUAUAGAUGUGGGAGGUGCAGCACCUAUCAAGCAGCAUCCAUACCGCAUUAACGCUACGAAAAGGUUGAUCAUGUCGCAGGAGGUGUCUUAUUUAGUAGAGAAUAGUCUGGCGUCUUCGAGCUCUAGUCCUUGGAGUUCACCAUGCCUCUUGGUACCCAAGCCUGAUGGCACGUUCCGUUUCUGUACGGAUUAUAGGAAGGUGAACGCAGUCACGGUUCCUGACUCGUACCCGUUGCCGCGUAUUGAUGAUUGUGUGGACACCAUUGGGUCUGCCCGGUAUGUGACAAAGCUGGAUCUGUUAAAGGGAUAUUGGCAAGUCCCACUUACUGCUCGUGCUUCGGAGAUCUCCGCAUUUGUCACUCCAGACAAGUUUCAGCAGUACUCAGUGAUGGCGUUUGGGAUGCGGAAUGCACCUGCCACUUUCCAGCGCUUAGUGAAUAUUGUUUUAGCUGACGUCCCACACUGUGCUGCUUACCUCGAUGAUGUAGUUGUGUAUUCGUCUGAUUGGGCUGCUCAUGUAGAUACCUUGACAACAGUGUUCCAGCGUUUGGCGAGGGCUUCCUUGACGCUGAAUUUGGCAAAAUGUGAGUUUGGUAGGGCUACCGUUACUUACCUUGGUAAACAGGUUGGGGGUGGUGAGGUGCGCCCCGUGGAGGCUAAGGUGACUGCUAUCACUGCCUUCCCAGUGCCCAUCACCCGGCGUGAGCUGCGCCGCUUCUUGGGUAUGGCUGGGUAUUAUCGUGGGUUCUGUAGGAAUUUUUCCUCUGUUGUCGCCCCUCUGACUAGUCUGCUGAGCCCCUUGGUCCCGUUUGCGUGGUCUCCAGAUUGUCAACACGCUUUUGUUUCUGUUAAGACUCUGCUAUGUAGUACCCCUGUUCUGGUGGCUCCUGACUUUGAGAAGCCAUUCAAGAUGGAGGUAGACGCAUGCAAUGUAGGUGCCGGUGCCGUUCUUAUCCAGGAGGAUUCCAACGGGCUGGACCAUCCGGUCUGCUACUUCUCACGGAAGUUCAAUGAGUGCCAGACACGGUACUCUACUAUUGAGCAGGAAGCUCUGGCUUUGCUGAUGGCACUCCAGUUUUUUGAAGUUUAUUUGGGAUCGAGUUCUAGGCCAAUUGUGGUCUACACGGAUCACAAUCCGCUGGUUUUUCUCCACCGGAUGUAUAAUCAGAACCAGCGCCUCAUGCGGUGGGCGCUGAUUGUGCAGGGGUACAACCUGGUGAUUCGUCACAAGAAGGGCUCCGAGAAUAUGUGUGCGGAUGCCCUUUCUCGUGUGUGAUGUUUGCUCUUAUGGGUGGGGGUGUUACGUGUGUGGUUGUUUUCCUGUGUCUCCCCUCUCAUUCUCUGCAGGUCUCACACCAUUGGCUGUUCCUCCACCAUCGUCCAACCCCCUGUCCAAUCUGGGAGCUGUCUGUUGGCCAAUUAGUGUCGUCAGGCCUUGAUAACUUGCACCUGUUUUGUCUCCAUGGAAGGAGGCCAUUGUCUGCCUGUGUGUGGGCUGUGUGGAGCUGUUGCUUUUUGUUUGUGAGAUGCCACCGGGGUUUAGGUGAAUAGGUAAGACACCCUUGGGUUUACACUGCCCUCACGUAGACCAUACUCUGUUAUCACAUCAGGUUAGGAGCGGGGCCACCCUCUGUAUGUAUUAGCUAGGUUGUAUGUGUGCACUAGUUAGUUGUCACUUUAUCUUGUUUUCUUUGCUUUGGCUCCGCUUAUAGUUCCCUAUUCCCCUUGGCGGAUCGCUGGCUAAAUAAAACACACUUACUGAUCCA